UACUGGUACCUCAAAAGAUCUAGACUUCUGGAUCAGCUCGUCACUCACAGCCACAGGCACACUCAAGGGAAAUCGAAGCUUCAUUUGUACCUGAACUACGCAAGGGAACUCUUUCUACUGCCAGAGAGGAAGAAACGAGAGCACGGCCAAGCCGGCGGCGACACAGCUGGUGGACGAAGAAAGGCAACCACAAGAUCUGUGAGUAUCUACUCUCCUCGGUUCUCCUCAUCGAAUUCAGCUCUCACUCACUCCCGUCAGGUCCAUCGGCCUCUAAACUGGCUCCCAUCCUUCGACGGGCCAGAUGAUCUCAGCGGCGCACUAACUCAAGUGCGUUGUAGUGAAAGCUAAAGGGUGGUUCUGCAAGAAGCACUGUGUUACACAAGCCAUUCAUUCUUGUGGAUCCUGAUCAAGCAACGCAGCAGAGCCUAGAAGCAAUAUGGCUGAGUCAGCUGUCAGAACCGUGCUUGGGAGCGUGGGCAACCUUGCAGUCCAGGAGACCACAUUCUUGUGUGCAGUCAACCUUGAAGUGGGGUUGUUGAAAGAUGAGCUGAUGAGGUUGAAGGCCUACCUCAAAGAUGUUGAUAGCAAGUGGAGAUCAGGAAAUGCAAGAGUUGCAGUCUUGGUGAGCCAGAUUAGGACUGCGGCUUAUGAAGCUCAGAAUGUCAUUGAAUCUGCAGAUUACACGGAGAAGAGAAACAGGCUCAAGAAGGGAUUCAUGGGUACUAUUUCAAGGUAUGCUCACCUACCGAGUGACUUGGCCAUCCUUCGUAAAAUCGGUGUUGAAAUUCAACAUGUAAGAAGGAAGCUCAAUGAGAUUUUUGCAAGGGCACAAAAUCUGAAAAUUGAAUUGGAUAAUAAUGUUCUUGUUGAGGAUGAGUCUCCACAAGAUGAUGGUCCUAUACAUCAAAAAUCUGAAGAUGAUGUUGUCAUGGUUGGUUUUGAGGACGAGCACAAAGAAAUAGCAAAUAAAUUAGUUUGUGGAGAACAAAUUCUUAGUGUUGUGUCCACGGUUGCCAUGGGCGGGGCAGGAAAGACAACACUUGCUAGAAAGGUCUACACUUCAUCUAGAGUUAAGGAGCACUUUGACACACUUGCUUGGGUGACUGUAUCUCAAAAGUUCAAGGGUGUUGAUUUUCUAAAAGAUAUUAUGAAACAAAUCACAGGGCACAAGGACGACUCAAUUGACAAAAUGAAGGAGUAUGAGGUGGGAAAGAAGAUCAAUCAAUUUCUGUCACAAAAAAGGUAUCUAGUAGUUCUUGAUGACGUUUGGGAAACAGAUACAUGGGAGCAAUUAAACGGAACGAUUAAAGUAUUUCCAGAUGAAACUAAUGGUAGUAGAGUGCUGUUAACCACACGAAAGGAAGAUGUCGCAAAUCAUGUUCAGAUGCCAACCCAUGUUCAUCAUUUGAAGAAGUUAGAUGAAGAGAAAAGUUGGGAACUUUUUAGCAGCAAAGCUUUACCACCAUACAAAAGGUCUACCAUACGUGAUGUGGACGAGUUUGAAAAGCUUGGGAGAAAGCUUGCAAAGAAAUGUGAUGGAUUGCCACUUGCACCACUAGUAGAUAAACCACCAUUAGCCCCGGUUGGUAAGGGCCUUUUGUCCCUGUUCCUGAACCGGGACUAAAGGGUCGUUACUAAUGCCCUAGCCCUUUAGUCCCGGUUCAGUUCAGAACCAGGACAGAUGGGCCUCCACG